AUUGAUAUUCCUUUGCUCUCCUCAUAGUCCACCACCCGAUGACCUUCUUUCGCCAGCUCCCACUUCCCUCGCCGGCGGCCGCCCUCUGCCCCCAGUCCCUCCUGGAGUAUUGACUUCUUCCGCCCUCGCGGAUGCAAAAUUUAAGUUCUUAGAUACAAUAAUAUUUGUGCUACUUUAUAAGCUUUGGAUGUUGACUGCUGAAGACUUGGUGACUACUGGGACGUGAGGGACGAGGGAGGCACCGGAGAACGACUUCUGAGUUUAGAUUAAAGCAAGUGCUUGAGAACUAAAAGAUGGGAUUAAGUUGUAGACUUCUGGGGACAGUAUUUCUGGCCUUACUCAUUGUCAACUCUUCUGAGGCUUCUGAUUUAGAGGUCCUGGGAGAUUUAAAAACUGGUAAAAAUGUGAAAGGUUCGGAUAUAUCAAACAAGAAUGAUGGUGGGAAGGAGAAAGUGGUGAACCCAGAAAAGAAAGAACAAGAUCAAGUUGGUACUGGGUUGAAAGAGGGUGCUGAUAACAAAACCACUGACGAUGUAAAAGGUAAACAAGUUGGGUCGAAAGGAGGUGGCAUUGAACAGAAGAAAACGGAUGCUUCUGGUUCUGAGCCGAAGAAAACGGACGGUUCAGGUUCGGAGCAGAAGAAAACGGAUGGUACUAGUUCUGAGCAGAAGAAAACAGAUGUUGCGGGUUCUGAGCAGAAGAAAACGGUUGAUACAAGUUCUAAGCAGGAGAAGCCAAAUGAUAAUGUCACUAAGGACGUUGGCAAGAAAGACAAGGCACGAGGGGAUUCGGGUUCCCAGUCUAAAGAUAUCUCCGCGACACAAGUGAGGAAGGAAGGGGGUGAAGCCUGUGAUUCAUCAUCAAAUAGCUGCACGAUUGAGGAGAAGUCAGUCAUUGCUUGUCUGAGAGUUCCAGGAAGUGAGUCUGAACAACUUUCACUUCUGAUUCAAAACAAGGGGAAUGUACCGGUCAGUGUAACACUUUCUGCACCUGAUUUUGUCCUGCUGGAGAAAAAGCAAGUACAAGUUCAAGCUAACAACAACGAGAAGGUCAAGGUUUCAAUAGGAAAUGGAGAAAGCACAACUGGUAUCAUCCUAAACGCAGGCAAUGGCAAUUGCAAUAUUGAUAUCAAGGAGAUGAGUGUACAGAGAUCCAAGGAAGAGACUGCUGUCUCUGCCCAGUUGACAUAUAUUAACCUGCUUAAAAGCACACCCUCGGCAUGGUUCAUAUCUUUUGCUGCAAUCCUAGUGAUAGCAUCAGUUUGCAUUGGUAUUGGGUUCCGGCGGAAAUAUGGUGCAAGAAAUAGCCCUAGUUAUGAAAAACUCGAGAUGGAGCUUCCGGUUUCAGGUGCCAGCAAAGUAAUACCAGAUUCAAAUGAUGGAUGGGAUGACAGUUGGGGUGACAGUUGGGAUGACGAGGAGGCACCGAAAACACCGUCUGUGCCAGUUACUCCGAGCAUCUCUUCCAAUGGCAUUGCCUCAAGACGUAUUAACAAGGAAGCUUGGAAGGAUUAGUAGCUGUUAAAGUGAAUAUACUGUUUUUUUUUCCCCAUCUUUCUUUUUCUCAACAGGGAGUAUGGUUUUCAUUUGCCAAAAUGUUCUGCCAAAACAAGUUCCCUGACAAAACAGAAAAACAAUCUUGUCUUUGAAUUUUGGGAGGGGAGUUACUCUUUACUCUUACAAAGAUGGACAGAUUGUAGGAUGCCACACGUAAAGUAUAGCUUUUUCAGUUUUUUGUAUAAUGGACAAAACUCUAGCUUCAACAAUAUACUAUUGUGAAGGUCAAUGGCAUGAACAACGUAUUAGCAAUUUGUAUCAUUUGAUAUC